UUCAUUUCUUGAUGCCUGGUGCGCAUAUCAAUAAUACCAGUCUGGACUCCUACGCAAUCUCUCUCUCUCUCUCCAAAGCAUAACUGAGUGCCUCUGCGCUGUGCCUCACCUCAAAGAGUGAAGACAACAAAAGCAAAGCCAUAGGCCAGAAAAUACAGAAUGUUUCAGUGAGCCUUAGAACUGAAAAGAGAGAAACAAAUGCGACCACUAACACCACAACCAGCUGCAGCAGCAACAGUAGUAGCGGCAGUAGCAGCUGAAUCUGCUAUAAUACACCUCUCCCCACCACUCUCUCCGUCGACCCCCACAAGAACAAGAUGUGAGCCACAAGAUGAUGGCUGCAACAGGUGGCAGCCGUACUCUAAUUCUCGGGAUUUUGAAGCAAACGCGGCCUCAGUCCUCAUCAUCCUCCUCUGCGCACUCAUAUGUGCUUUGGUUCUCAACUCCGCCAUUCGCUGCUUCCUACGUGGUGGUGGUGGUGGCAAUAAUCACCAACAACCACUACCCCAAAACCAACAGCAACAACAACAACAAGAAGUACAACAUGAUGAGCGAAAGAGCACGCUGGAGAAAGAGGCAGCUGAUACGUUAAUUGCAGGUCCGGGCCUGGUGUUUUCGACGGGGAUGAAGCUGGCUGGAACGGAAGCAGAGUGCGCGAUUUGCUUGUCGGAGUUCGUGGAGGGAGAGGGGAUUCGUGUGUUGGGAAGGUGUAACCAUGGCUUCCACGUGAACUGCAUUCAACAGUGGUUGUCUUCCCACACCUCCUGUCCCACUUGCCGCCGCAGCUGUCUCCCUCCCUCUCCUAUUUCUACACAACCCUGCAGCCAAACCAAUACUGGAGAAGGACCAAUUCUCUCUCUCUCAUGAUUACCCUUCAAAGUUCAAGGCUAGUUCAGACAAAUCAGAUCAGAAUAUGUACAUUUGUUGUAUGCAAUGGAGCUGGCUAAUUAGCUAUAUAUAUAUAUAUAUAUAUAUAUAGCUAGUAACUAGCUAGGAUUGUGUGUAUUUCAAAUUCAAUUUCAAUUUCUCUCGUGAAUCAUGAUUACUU